AUGGAUUUGGGGCAAGGAGGAGGAGGAGAAACUGACCAGUUCGAUCGCUUACCCGAUGCUCUUCUCCGCCUCAUCUUCAACAGAUUGAAGGAUGCCGAAUCCCUCACCCGAUGCUCCUUGGUCUGCAAGCGUUUCGCUUCCGUUGUUCCUCAAGUCGACGCCGUCGUUGUCAGGCUUCCUCCCAAGACCAAUAACCGCUCUCAUCGCGAUCGCGAUCAUCAGAUUGUUCAAUCCGGCGGCGGAUCUAGAAAUCGUUUCAGGAAUCUGAUUCGUAGAGUCAUCACGAGGCCGCUGCUGUGUCUUCUUCAAAUUAUUACUCUUAAAUCCUCCUCGUGUCUCCCCGAGGACGACGACGAUUAUUCUUUGUACUAUUCGCCCAAUCAAGUUUUAAAGAACUUCGAGGAAAUCCGGCUGUUGCGAAUUGAGCUUCCCGGACAUGUCGGCGAGAUCGGAUCCAACGCCGGCGGCGAUUCGCUGCUCCGGUGGAGAGCCGAGUUUGGAAGCGAGCUCGAGAGCUGUGUGGUGCUCGGAGCCAAAUCUCUGCGCAAGCUUUCACAAACUCCAAAGAACACCGGCGAACAACAGCAGUUGCUGCUGUCGGACGAUGAGCUGAAGCUGCGAGUGGUCUGGACGAUAUCGUGCUUGAUUUCUGCGUCCUCGAGGCAUUACAUGCUGCAGGAAGUGGUUUCGGAGCAUCGGAUGCUUCAGAGAGUGGUGGUUUCGGACAAGACUAACCAAGGGAGGCUGUGUAUGAGAACCAGAGAACAGAUUGAAGAUCUGAGGAGCAAGCUUGAAGUCGAAGAGCAGGCGAAUUCGACGUCGGAUCUGUCGCCUGCGCCGGGAAGGACGCCGGUACCGGCGCUGAUGAUGAAGCUGUGGUAUGUGCCGGAGUUGGAGUUGCCGGAGUCGGGGCGUGUGAUGGAGGCGGCAACGCUGGUGGUGAUAAAGCCCGUCGUCGGGUCCAAGAAGGUGGAGAAAGAUCGUGAUCUGGUGCGGAGAGUGUGUAAUAUGGAAGACGAAGACGAAGAAGAAGAACAUAACGACGACGAUGCGGCGUUCGGCGAAGCCGUGAGGGAGAUGAUGAAGAAGAAACAGUCGUAUACCCUGGAGAUGAAUUCGUUUUGA